GGCGGUCAGACAAUCCGGAAGUGGGAGUAAUGAAGAGGUGCCACUUGGCGGCCAUGGCAGCUGUAGUAUUGGCGACUCAGGGUCAGGGCCUGGCUGAGGGAAGUACCAUGGGCAGUACCCGGUGUAGGGUAGAGACAGCAUUGUAUCGACUUUGCUGUUGAGUCCUCGGGGCCCGCCGUUAGAGACUUGCAGGAUAGCUUGCUCGACCCUAGACUUGGAAGGGAGUUUGCUGGGACUGGUGGGCUGGUCCCUUCCCUGGGGGCGGAUCACCUGCGGGGGCCACCCUAGGGAACCAGGUGCCGCCUGGGAAGAAGACACUUGGGUUUUACCUUUUUCCUGCUGCUACCAGACACACUGCCUAGGGGAGUGGGUCGUUGUGGCAUCCUCAUUCCGAAGAUUGAAGAGCUCUCUUUCGCGCAAUCUUUCCAUCUGUUACCCACCGGAAUCCCGGUGGCUGGCAUCCAAGAGCCUGAGAUUUCGCAAAGUUUUCUCUGGUGCUAGUAUCAGCAAAAAGGAGCUGGCGUCUUAGUGCGUUCGAGAGCAGCGUGCUUCGUGAACACACCGGCUGGUGGCAAGGUUGAGAGACGUGAGAAACUCCCUUGUUUGCUUGAAAAAAAAAAAAAAACCCACACGUUUAAAGAGCCUAAGCGCCUUUUCAGACCGCUGGAAUUUUGAAACCUGGUGGGAGAGAGAGUACCUACAGGAGAGCAGAAUGGAUGAUUUCCUCUCCAUUAGUCUGCUGUCUUUGGCAAUGUUGGUGGGAUGUUACGUGGCUGGAAUCAUUCCUUUGGCUGUUAAUUUUUCAGAGGAGCGACUGAAGCUGGUGACUGUUUUGGGCGCUGGUCUUCUCUGUGGAACUGCACUGGCGGUUAUCGUGCCUGAAGGGGUGCAUGCACUUUAUGAAGAGGUUCUGGAGGGAAAACACCACCAAGCCAGUGAAACAAAGCAGAAUGUGAUUGCGUCAGACAAAGCAGCAGAAAUAUCAGUUGUCCAUGAGCAUGAGCACAGCCACGACCACACACAGCUGCAUGCCUACAUAGGUGUGUCCCUUGUCCUGGGCUUCGUGUUUAUGUUGUUAGUGGACCAGAUUGGCAGCUCCCAUGUGCAUUCCACUGACGAUCCAGAAACAGCAAGGCCUAGCAGUUCCAAAAUUACCACCACACUGGGGCUGGUUGUCCAUGCUGCAGCGGAUGGUGUAGCUCUGGGAGCAGCAGCUUCUACUUCACAGACUAGCGUUCAGUUAAUUGUGUUUGUGGCGAUAAUGCUACACAAGGCUCCAGCAGCAUUUGGGCUGGUUUCCUUCCUGAUCCAUGCUGGCCUAGAGCGGAAUCGAAUUAGAAAGCACUUGCUGGUAUUUGCAUUGGCAGCACCAGCCAUGUCCAUGCUGACAUACUUAGGAUUAAGUAAGAGCAGCAAAGAAGCCCUUUCAGAGGUCAAUGCCACUGGAGUGGCCAUGCUGUUCUCUGCUGGGACAUUUCUUUAUGUUGCCACCGUUCACGUCCUCCCUGAGGUGGGUGGAAUGGGGCACAGCCACAAAGCUGACUCCACUGGAGGGAGAGGCCUCAGCCGCCUCGAGGUGGCCGCCCUGGUUCUGGGGUGCCUCAUUCCACUCACCCUGUCAAUAGGACACCAGCACUAACGUUCAGGCUCCAGCCUCAGUCCACGGCCAUUGCCAUCCAGGAAGAAGAGCACGCGUGGGGCGCUCCUCACUUCCUCAGUGUCUCGUCUCACCUCGCCCAUCUCCACCCGCGUUCCUAGAGUCCGAGGGAGAUGAGUCAGUCGUGGAGAAGUGGAACAGCGUGUAGCAGGAACAUUGUAAUCAGACAGACUUGUGUUGUCUUUUAAAGGGACUUUGACAUAGUGAGUUUUGAUGUUUCUCUUAACCCUAUUCUCAGGGAAGAUGGAAUUUAGUUUUAAAGAAAAGUGGAGAACUUCAUACAAUGAAAUAGUAAUUAUGAAAAUACAGUGUUCUGUAAUUAAGCUAAAGUUUUUCCCUUUAGUUUAGAGGCUCUACCACUUUCUCCAUUGGUUUUUAACAUGGUUCUCACUG